UAAAGUACGGACGAGGUGCAGCCUGUUGGUUCAGAGGGACGACAGGACCCACAGGGACCACAGGACCUACAGGGACCACAGGACCCACAGGGACCACAGGACCUACAGGGACCACAGGACCCACAGAGGCGACAGGACCCACAGGACCUACAGGGACCACAGGACCUACAGGGACCACAGGACCUACAGGGACCACAGGACCCACAGAGGCGACAGGACCCACAGACUGGUCACUGCAGAGCCGCUGGUCAGCCGGGGGAGGAUGAAGAUGAAGAUGAAGAGCAGGCUGCUUUAUGCUCCCAUGGCGAUGGUAGUGAUGUCAGCAUUGGUCGGACUCACCUACUCGACUACAGCUCCUAAAGCGCCGACUACAACUCCUAAGACUACAACUCCUAAGACUACAACUCCUAAAGCGCCGACUACAACUCCUAAGACUACAACUCCUAAGACUACAACUCCUAAGACUACAACUCCUAAACCGCCGACCACGCCAAGAUGGACCACCACAACAGGAGCUUCUGGACUAGAUUUAAAUGGGAAGAUGUUCACUUUGUCUCGUAAUGGAGGAGGAAUAUCCUUCUAUUCACCCUAUUAUUCUCCUACCACGCCCCACUACACCACCCGUAGAUACACCACUCGUCCCUACUACAUCCCCACCCCCCGACCAACCACCACCCCCCGACCAACCACCACUCGCCCCUGGACCACAGCACCUCCUACUAGAGGUGAGUACAUUCACAAACUACAUAACCAAACAGAAACACAGUUGUGUGGUCCGGUUCAUACAAACGACACAUCUAUUCGAAUCUGGACCAGAGUCUGCCUCACUGUGGACACCGUGAAGAAUGUGGCCCAGGUGUUCAGCGACUGGAGCAUGAGCAUCAGGAAGCUGCUGCCUACUAAGUAUGUCUGGUCAGGUGAGCCUGUGAUUGAUUUUUCAGGUUUUGAUGGUCAGGUGACAGACGUCCAGGUCUGGGAUUAUCCUCUCCACUACAGAGAAGUCUUCAACUACAUGAUCAGCGGUAGCUACGGGUCGUACUCUGGCUCCGCCCUCUCCUGGUCCUACAUCAGCUACUCCCCCAGAGGAGACGUCCUGCUGGAGGACGCCUAUCAACCGCAGUGGCAGGACCGACAGCCAAUCAGCCGCAGCAAGGAGAGGAAAUGGCGUCGGCCAAAGGGAGAGAAGAAGACCAUGGAGUUUUUCCAUUUUAACGAGGGAAAGAGAGAACAGCUUUAAAACAAAAGCUGUAGCCUCCGUUUUUCACUUAAUAAUCAAGCAACAAUUAAUGAUAAAUGACAUUAAAGGCGCAAAAUGACCCUAUAGGGGUUAAUAACAGAUGUGUACCGAGUCGGCCGUUCUCUGGGACAUGUUUUCAUGCUAAUCUAAUGUGUCUCUAGCUUGAAACAAGCUAGCGCAAACCGCUAAUAAGCUUAUAAUGCUAGUCUUCAGGGCAGACGGUAAAUCUCUAUUUCUACACCACUAACGAGGCUCAGAAUAUCACCACACUUCCACGGUAGCAUCAUGAGGGUCCCUACAUGUAAACACAAG